UGUCUUGCCCGCUUCCGGCCCUGCGCAGAGGGCGGAUCAUCCGGGUCCUCAAACGUCUGGAGGCUUGUUUUGUACCCCUUCCACGAUACUCCGAACUCCACGUGAGACUUUCAACUUACUGCGCAGGCGUCGUUCUGUCAACUUGGGGUCAUCAGUUCUGCGCCUACUCUGCUCCAGAGGUUCCCAAUAAAAGCACAGUCCACACCACCCACCUAUAAUCGAGAAAAAUUUACCUAUGAUAAUUGUAGAAACACUAGGAAGAAAAAAAAAAAAAGCAGGCGUAAGAUUUGUUACUCUAUAUGGAAGCGGAAAGGACUCUGUUUCCCGGAAAUUUGGCAGAGAUGAAAUGCUGGUCAUAACUUAGGAAGACCGCUGCGUGAGUUUUUAAAAAGAUUGCUGGAGGCCUUGUCCUGCGAGCUGGAAGCCAGUAUGAGUGACAGGGAAGCCACGGAAACAUCUGGGAAAGAGGAAAUCAGUGUUGAAGAUGAAGCUGUGGAUAGAAACAUUUUCAGAGACUGCAGCAAAAUUGCUUUCUACAGGCGUCAGAAACAGCAGCCCUCCAAGAAUUCCACCUAUCGGGCAUUGUUGGACUCAGUCACGAUAGGCAGAGAGAGCACCAGUUUCCAAAUCAUUAAUGAAGCAACAAAGCUUCCUCUCUUGGCUGAAGUUUAUGGUAUAGAGAAAAACAUUCUCAGACUUAAAAUCAAUGAAGAGACUCCAUUGAAACCCAGGUAUGAGGUUUCUGAUGUCCUCAUCAGCAAGCUGAACACUGUAAGGCUGAUUUCAUGCUGCAAGGAUACAGGCAAUCUGAUACUGUCUGAUGAAAAAGGAUAUUUGAAGUGUCAUAUCACAGAAAACCCAUUUAAGAUAGAUUUGGUAUCUGAAAAAGAGGUUGUAAUGAGCAUAAAUUCCCUGGGCCAGUUAUACUUUGAGCAUCUACAGAUUCCUCCCAAGCAAAGAGCUACCAAAGAACAUGAGAAGAGUACAUCAAUUGACACAUCUCAGGAAGAUCAAGAGGAUCUAGGCCUGUGGGAAGAGAAAUUUGGAAAUUUUGUGGAUGUCAAAGCUAAUGGUCCUGCCUCCAUUGGUUUAGAUUUCUCCUUGCAUGGAUUUGAACAUGUCUAUGGGAUCCCACAGCAUGCAGAAUCACACCAACUUAAAAAUACUAGGGAUGGAGAUGCUUACCGUCUUUAUAACCUAGAUGUCUAUGGCUAUCAAAUACAUGACAAAAUGGGCAUUUAUGGUUCAGUGCCUUAUCUGCUGGCCCACAAACUGGGCAGAACCAUAGGUAUUUUUUGGCUGAAUGCCUCGGAAACACUAGUGGAGAUCAAUACAGAGCCUGCAGUAGAGUACACACUGACCCAAAUGGGCCCAGCUGCUGCUAAACAAAAAGUCAGAUGUCAAACUGAUGUGCGCUGGAUAUCUGAGAGUGGAAUUAUUGAUGUUUUUCUGCUGACAGGACCAACACCUUCUGACGUUUUCAAGCAGUACUCUUGUCUGACAGGCACUCAAGCCAUGCCCCCUCUCUUUUCCUUGGGGUACCACCAGUGCCGCUGGAACUACGAAGAUGAGCAGGAUGUCAGGGCAGUGGACACAGGAUUUGAUGAGCAUGACAUUCCUUAUGAUGUUAUAUGGCUGGACAUAGAACACACUGAGGGCAAGAGGUACUUCACCUGGGACAAAAAGAGAUUCCCAACCCCCACAAGAAUGCAAGAGCUGCUUAGAAGCAAAAAACGUAAGCUCGUGGUUAUCAACGACCCCCACAUCAAGGUGGAUCCUGACUACUCCGUGUACAUUAAGGCCAAAGAACAGGGCUUCUUCGUGAAAACUCAUGAAGGAGGUGACUUUGAAGGGGUAUGCUGGCCUGGUCUCUCCUCUUACCUGGAUUUCACCAAUCCCAAGGUCAGAGAGUGGUAUGCAGGUCUUUUUGCUUUCUCUGCUUAUCAGGGAUCUACAGAUAUUCUCUUCAUAUGGAAUGACAUGAAUGAGCCUUCAGUCUUCCGGGGGCCAGAACAAACCAUGCAAAAGAAUGCCAUUCAUCAUGGCAACUGGGAGCACAGAGAACUUCACAACAUCUACGGUUUAUAUCAGCAAAUGGCUACUGCAGAAGGGCUGAUACAGCGAUCAAAAGGGAAGGAGAGACCUUUUGUUCUUUCACGUUCUUUUUUUGCUGGAUCACAAAAAUAUGGUGCAGUGUGGACAGGCGACAACACAGCAGAAUGGAGUUACCUGGAAAUUUCCAUCCCAAUGCUACUCACUCUCAGCAUUACUGGGAUCUCUUUUUGUGGAGGGAGGACAGGUUUAUUUGGCUUACAGUUUGUACAAGUUUCAGUUCAUAAUCUGCUGGCUGCAAGACAGAGUGGCACAUGGCAGACAGGCAUCAUCGCAGAGGAGAACCAGUUCAUGGCAGCCAGAAGGUAGCAAAACAACUAGAGCAGACAAUCCUCUUUCUGUUCCUUAUAUUAUAUCUAGGUUACUGGGAUAAAGCUGGUGCCAAACCCAAUCAGUGGACUGAUUUUAACCACAUACUCUCAAUCCCAGCAUCACCAACCUAGAUCCAGCCACCUCUGAAAAAACUCUAUCUGUGGGGCUGGGUAUUUGGCUCAGUGGUAUAAGUACCUGCCUGACAAGCAUGAGUUCAUGAGUUCAAUCCUGUUACAAAAAAAACCACCGUCUGUGACUGCAUGAGGCUUUGGGGACAUCUAGACACAAGCCAUAACACAAAAGGAGUGUGGUUAAUUUUUUUCCUUCUUUUUGAGAGCCAGGCUCUCACCAUACAGUCCAGACUGCCCUUGGUCCUAAUACUCCUGCCCCAUCCUCCAGAGCCCUGUGAUCACAGGUGUGCACCACCACGCCCAGCAGAUUUUAUGAGGAAAAAGGGAACUUGAGGUAUUGCACAGGAAAGGUGUGUGAUGACCUCCAGGGGUUAUUCUUGUUUCUCUUAGUUGGGUAUUCCCAUGAUUGAUUUCCUUUAGUUCCUGCCUGUCCUUAGUCCUUUAGGUAAACUCAGUAUUUUCAUGCAAGUUAAUCCUCUCCACCUUUCUUCUUCCUCCGCCUCCUCCUCCUCCUCUUCUUUUCUUCCUCCUCUUCUUCCUCCUCCUCUUCUUCUUUCUCCUCUUCCUUCUCCUCCUUCUUCUGUCUUCGAGUUUGAACUCAACUGUGCUCUACCACUAAACUACAUCCCCAGCACUUGUGUUUUGGUUUUGUAGGGGUUUGGGGGUACCAAGAAUCAAACUUAAGACCUUGUACUUGCCAGGCAGGUCCUGUGCCACUGAGCUAUAUCCUCAACCCCACUUAUGUUUUGAGAUAAGACCUCAGAGUUGUCCAGGCUGGCCCCCAACCUCAGCCUACUAUUACAGUGUUCUUUUAAUUACAGAACAGAAUUAGCAAGUCUUGGCCCAUAAUUUGAUUGCAUUUGAAGACCAUCAAGUGUUUUGGGUUUAGAAAAACUAAAUAAUGAUUACUACUCAGGAGUCCAGGGAUCAAUGUUUCUUCUGUUUGGCCCUUUUCUGUAAUAGUUUAAUUGUUGGUUCUAGUAUUUAAUAUCUCAGAUCUUUUUUUAAAAAAAGGUCACAAUAUAUAGGUCAGGCUGAUUUUGAACUCACUCUGUAGCUCUGGCUGUCUUCAAGAAAAUGUAGCCAUUCUCCUGCAUCAAUCUCACUGAGUACUGGAAUCACAGGUAUGCACCACCACACCCCACAUAUUUAUUUUGCUUUUUUGAGACACGGUCUCACUGUGUAACCAGGACUGGCCUUGAACUCACUAUGUAGCCCAGGCUGGAAUGGAACUCUUGGUGAUCCUCCUGCCUCAGCCUCUUGAGUGCUAGGACUGCAGGGAUGUGCUACCAUGCCUGUCACAGGUGGGGUCCCAUCCCAGGCAUAGUGUCAUAGCUCUGGAAUCUUCUUGGCACAGUGGUGGUUCUAUUCCCAGGUAGGGAUUGUCUAUCCUUGGGGUUCUCAGUUAUGUGGAGCUCCACCUUUCCUGGAAUCUGGAUACUAACUUAUUUAGGACAGUGACUAGAGACAUCUAGAUGUAGUUGAAUGUCCCUUACAUUGUCUUUUCAACAUUCAAGGAGGAUGAGAUCUUUUAAAUUCAGGGCUAAUCCACCCUGUCUGACAGCUCUUAGACACUCCCUAUCAAAGAAACUGAGUAGAGAUCUGACCCAAA